AACAAAAUUUCUAACCAAACUCUAAAUCCGUCAAAGCCUAAAUGUAUGGAGAAGAAUCCAUCUCCAUUAACAAAACUUGGUCUUCUUCGAGAUAUUCUACGUACUCCUAGGAACUAACAUCUCCUUUCACAUCCACAUACCCAGAAACCUUUUCCCCGUAUAUGUGUGUUGUGUGCAACUGGUUUAUACUGAUGAAGAAGAUGAAGCUCCGUAGAUUUUUUUGUGUACUUAUAGGACUUUAUAUUCUUGAAUUGUUUGUGGUGGCCGGAGCCGGCCAAGAUGAUUACAUAUCAGCCAUUGGUGAUCCUGGGAUGAAAAGAGAUGAUCUUAGGGUGGCAAUUGAGGCAUGGAACCAAUGCAAUGAGGUUAAUAAAGAAAUUCCUGGCAUGGGAAGUCCUAGGAUGGCAGAUUGCUUUGAUAUUGAUCAUUCAACAUUCCCAAUCACGUUAAUGCACAAGGUACAUAACAAAGACAACAAACUUGGUCUACUGAAUGAUCCAUCCGGAAUGAUAAGUGCCAGUGAUGUAGAUCUCUAUGCAGCAGAAAAGGAGAUAUAUUUGGGUGACAAAUGCCAAGUACAGGAUGAUCCAAGGCCAUGGCAGUUUUGGAUGAUCAUGCUCAAAAGUGGGAACAUGGAUACUACGGCAGCAAUCUGCCCGGAAAACGGCAAGAAAUCGGUCCCCUUUCCGCCGGAACCUAGGUUUCCGUGCUUCGGAGAAGGCUGCAUGAACAUGCCCUUGAUAGACCAUGAGUAUACACAUGUUGAAGGACAGAAUAACAGUACGCUGAAAGGGAGUUUCCAUGGGACUUGGGAUUUAAAUGCUAAUGACAAUGGCACUUCUUAUUUCAAUGUCACUUGGGUAAAGGAGAUUGGAAAAGGAAGUUGGGUUUUUCAUCAUUUCCUGCAAACUUCAUCAAAUUAUCCAUGGUUGAUGCUGUACUUAAGAUCCGAUGCUACAAGUGGGUUCUCUGGCGGAUACCAUUACCAGACUAGAGGGAUGUCAAAAAUUGUUCCAAAGUCACCUGAUUUCAAAGUAAGAUUCAGACUAGAAGUAAAGCAAGGAGGUGGUAACCAUAGCCAGUUCUACCUAAUGGACAUGGGAGGAUGCUGGAAAAACAAUGGAAAACCUUGCGAUGGGGAUGUGACAACAGAUGUUACUAGAUAUAGUGAGAUGAUCAUAAACCCUGAAACAGAAGCAUGGUGCAAACCUAAUGAUCUGAAACUCUGCCCCCCUUAUCACACCUUUCCUAAUGGAACUAAAGUCCACCGGACUGACACAGACAACUAUCCUUAUGACGCUUACCACCUGUGGUGUGCACCAGGCAAUGCCAUGUUCCUUGAACAGCCAUAUAGUGCAUGUGAUGCAUAUAGCAAUCCUCAACCGCAAGAGAUAUUGCAAAUUCUUCCUCAUCCUGCUUGGGGUGAAUAUGGUUAUCCUACAAACAAGGGUCAGGGUUGGGUAGGAGAUCCAAGAUCUUGGGAACUUGAUGUUGGUAGGCUUUCUCAGUCACUAUACUUUUACCAGGAUCCUGGAACUGAACCUGCAGAGAGACAUUGGCCAUCAAUAGAUUUGGGAACAGAGAUAUACAUCAGCAGUGAUCAAGUUGCAGAAUGGAUUGUUACUGACUUUGACAUUAUUCUUCCAAAAGAACCUCAAUAAUAACCUUUUUAUUUUUAUUUUUUCUUUAGCAAUCAUUCAAAUACUUAUAAUAAGGUUUUACUUUCCUUGACGUGUUA